AGAUGGCGCCUCAUCAAGAAAGAUAGGAUGGCUUGAAGAGAGUGAUGAUGUUGGUCGGGAAAUGAUUGAUAACGACACAAUUGAUAAACUUUAGACCCUCGCUUGCUAUUAAACGAACAGCCGCCGUCCAUGUUGUGAACCCGUGUGUCUGACAGAACGGACUUUAUGGAGGACUGAGGCGGAAAAAACUGUGAACUUUCCUCCCGUCAGCUAGCCGACUGGCCCGAGCACAGCUGGCCGACGUUAGCUCAGCAGCACUCAUCACAACAACAGAGGAAGGAGAGCGGCCACCGGCCCGCACACACCCCGGGACAUCGAGGUGUCUUCGGGGCAAUGGAAGGGGAAGAGUUUGUACCUCCUCCGGAGUGUCCAGUAUUUGAACCGUCAUGGGAGGAGUUCCAGGACCCCCUUGGCUACAUUGCCAAGAUUCGUCCAAUUGCAGAGAAGUCUGGAAUCUGCAAAAUCCGACCGCCAGCAGACUGGCAACCACCGUUUUCAGUGGAGCUGGAUACCUUCCGGUUCACACCCCGCAUCCAGAGGCUUAAUGAGUUGGAGGCGGAGACCAGAGUGAAACUUAAUUAUUUGGACCGCAUCGCCAGGUUUUGGGAAGUCCAGUCAUCCUCCUUGAAAAUCCCACAUAUUGAAAGGCGCAUCCUUGAUCUUUUCAGCCUCUCAAGGGUUGUGACAGAUGAAGGAGGUUUUGAGAUGGUCUGUAAGGAACGGCGCUGGGCUCGUGUGGCCCAGAGACUUGGCUACCCGCCAGGCAAGAAUAUUGGUUCUCUGCUGCGCUCGCACUAUGAGAGGAUCGUCUACCCCUUUGAAGUGUUCCAUUCUGGUGUCAGCUUGCCGCAUUGCAAGCCAAAGCACUACGAUGGUGAGGAAGUGGAUAAAGAGUACAAGCCACACUCCAUCCCCCUGCGACAGUCUGUGCAUCCCUCCAAAACAAGCAGUUAUGGACGCAGAGCGAACCGCUGCCAGCCUGAUGGUCCAGAGGAUCUGGCCCCCCAUCCUCUCACCACUGGCUCUCAACUCAUCUCUGCGCCUGAACCUACAGAGGAAGACAUAGAGAAGAACCCAGAACUGAAGAAGCUUCAGAUCUACGGGGCAGGACCAAAGAUGAUGGGACUUGGACUUGUGGCAAGGUACAAAGGCAUCAGGAAGAAAGAUGAACUGCCUCAAACCGUUACCAUCAAGGCCAGCGCGUCUCCUGCUCCCGGUGAUACCUCCGUCAAAGCGGAGCCACUGGAGCCUCAAGAGAAGCAGAGUGACGGCGGUACGUCCAGCCCCCAACCGCCGCGUCCGACCAUCGCAGUAAAGACGGAAGUGAAGAAGGAAGAACCAGAGGUAGAAGGUGGUAAAAAAAAGGAGGACGAUGUUACAGCGUGCACCAAAAUGACCAUGAGGCUUCGUCGCAACCUCAACAACCCGCAGAGUGUGGAUUCUUUUGUGUGUCGAAUGUGUGGUCGGGGAGAUGACGACGAGAAACUCUUGCUGUGUGAUGGCUGCGACGACAACUACCACACCUACUGUCUACUGCCCCCCCUCACGGAGCCUCCCAAAGGCAACUGGCGUUGCCCUAAAUGUCUGGCAGAGGACUGCAAGAAACCUUCCGAAGCGUUUGGCUUUGAACAGGCGACACGAGAGUACACUCUGCAGAGUUUUGGGGAAAUGGCAGAUGCUUUCAAAGCGGAUUACUUCAACAUGCCUGUCCACAUGGUUCCCACUGAGCUGGUGGAGCGAGAGUUCUGGAGGUUGGUUAGUAGUAUCGAGGAAGACGUGGUUGUUGAGUACGGAGCGGACAUACACUCGAAGGAUUUUGGCAGCGGUUUCCCGAUGAACAAUGGCAAGAAGGAGCUCACAAAGGAAGAAGAGGAAUACGCCCGCAGCGGCUGGAACCUGAAUGUGAUGCCCGUGCUGGAGCAGUCGCUCCUGUGCCACAUUAAUGGAGACAUCUCUGGGAUGAAGGUGCCGUGGCUUUAUGUCGGCAUGGUGUUCUCGGCUUUCUGCUGGCACAUUGAGGAUCACUGGAGCUACUCCAUCAACUACCUGCACUGGGGGGAACCCAAGACGUGGUAUGGGGUUCCCUCUGUGGCAGCUGAGCGACUUGAGGAAGUGAUGAAGAAGCUGACGCCAGAGCUGUUUGAGUUUCAACCUGACCUCCUGCACCAGCUGGUCACCAUCAUGAACCCCAAUAUCCUCAUGUCUCAUGGCGUACCGGUUGUUCGUACCAACCAGUGUGCUGGUGAGUUUGUCGUCACCUUCCCCAGAGCCUACCACAGCGGCUUCAAUCAGGGAUACAACUUUGCCGAAGCUGUCAACUUCUGCACUGCAGACUGGCUGCCUGCUGGCCGUUCCUGUAUCGAGCACUACCGGCGUCUGAGGCGGUAUUGUGUGUUCUCGCACGAAGAGCUCACCUGUAAAAUGGCUACCAGCCCCGAGAAGCUAGACCUCAACCUGGCUGCAGCUACACACCGAGAAAUGUUCAUUAUUGUUCAGGAGGAGAGGAAGCUGCGAAAGGGUCUGAUGGAAAGGGGCAUUACUGAAGCGGAGCGCGAGGCAUUUGAGCUGCUGCCUGACGAUGAGAGGCAGUGUGACCUCUGUAAGACCACGUGCUUCCUCUCCGCUCUGGCCUGCUCGAACUGUCCCGCGAAGCUGGUGUGCCUCUCGCACACUCAGGAUCUGUGCAACUGCCCCACUGAAAAACUCUACCUCAGAUACAGAUACACCCUUGAUGAGCUGUUGGCCAUGCUGCAUCGAUUAAAGGUUCGGUCCGAGUCCUUUGAUUCCUGGGCCAACCGAGUGAAAGAGGCACUUGAGCAGGAAGAAGGAAACAAGAUAGGAAUUGACGACCUGAAGAUGCUGAAGCUGGAAGCGGUGGAAAAAAAGUUUCCCGACAAUGAACUGCUGCGGAAGCUCAACACUGUUGUUAAAGACAUAGAACGCUGCCAGCAGACCAGCACGGAGCUCCUCAGUAACUCAAUGACCAGUGAAAGUAAGAUGACCUUGGCAGAGCUGAAAUCCUUGGUGGAGAAGAUGCAGAACCUGCCAUGUGUGAUCGCCCAGCUGGAGGAAGUGCAGGUGGUUCUGCGGACAGUGGAGGAUUUCCAAAGGCAGGCUCAAUUACUGGCCAAUGACAGGGACUGGAGGAGGGACUCCUCGCCACCUGAGCAGUUGCAGACUCUGUUGGAGCAGGGCGCCCAGCUGCUCGUUGUGGUGCCGGAGUGUGAUUUACUCCAGGGCCUCAAGGAGCAGAGCCAUUGGCUCGCAGAGGUGAGACGCACCCUUGGCACAGAGGGGGGAGAAAGGCAGGAGGUGAUGUUGGACGUUUUGAGAAACCUGAUGGAAGCGGGCUGCAACGUACCCCAGAGUGUUUCCGUGGAGACGGCCAUGGCAGAGCUCCAGGAGCUGCUCACGAUUGCCGAGCGUUGGGAGGAGAAGGCGCAGAUCUGCCUCGAGCAGAGGCAAAAACAUCCCCUCUCGACUCUGGAGGCCAUCGUGAACGAGGCCCAGCUGAUCCCAGUCAAGCUGCCCAACAUUCUCGCUCUCCAGGACUGUCUCACUCGAGCACGCGCCUGGGUCACAGACCUCGAGGAGAUCCAGAACGGGGAGCAUUACCCCUGCCUGGAUGACCUCGAGGGCCUGGUGGCUAUUGGAAGAGACUUGCCCGUCUUCAUGGAGGAGUUAAGGCAGCUGGAGCUGCAGGUAGCCAGCGCUCAUUCCUGGAGGGACAAGGCCACCAAGACCUUCCUGAAGAAGAGCAGUCAGCACAGUCUGCUGGAGGUUUUAUGUCCGUGUGCAAAAAGGAGGGAGAGGCGAGGUGAGAUGGGGCCCCUGGAGGAUACCAACACUCUGGGCCUCUCUGCUCACGACCUGAGGGACCCGGCCGCUAUAGUGCUGGCGUUCAAAGAAGGGGAGCAGCAGGAAAAGGAGGCGCUGCUGAGAUUACGGAAACUGAACAUGUGCAAGUCUGGACUUAACUCCUCAAGUUGCAAGGAGAACAAGGAGAACGGGCGGUGGGAGGACGCCAUGGAGACGGACACGUCCAGCCACUCGGUGGACUCUAUAAAGGAGAACGGCGCCGCCCCCCCCCAGUCCGUCUGCGUGUGCACCGGUCAGCCCCGCGCGCCUCAGCUCCGCUGUCACCUGUGCAAGGACUGGUUCCACGGCGGCUGCGUUCCCUCCCCCUCCCUGCUCCCCUCCUCCGGCCCGCCCAGCGGGAACCCCCUCUGCUGGUGGGACUGGGACGCGCGCUUCCUGUGUCCGCGGUGCCAGCGGUCCCGGCGCCCGCGCCUGGAGACGAUCCUGGCGCUGCUCGUCGCCCUGCAGCGGCUGCCGGUGCGCCUGCCGGAGGGCGAGGCGCUGCAGUGCCUCACGGAGCGGGCCAUCACCUGGCAGGGCCGGGCCAAGGAGGCGGUGGAGACCCCCGAGCUGCAGCGGGCCCUCCAGAGGCUGCAGGUACUCCGGUGCGACGCGGAGACCAAGGAGACCAAAGGGAGCGCCGUGAUCGUUUUGUCCGACUCCGAGGGCGGGGAGGCGGAGGAGGGCGUCAUCGACCUGACGGACGAGAAUUCGCCCAAAAAGAACCCCAAGGAAAGCAACGGCACUCAGGCCGGAUGUGAAAAUGGCAUCAGCAAGAAGUCUGUUACAGGCGUGGGCUCUCUGCUGCCGCUGCUGCCGCUGCUCCGGGGUCAGGUGGUGGCGCUGCUGCCGGCCACCAAAGUCCAGCUGGAGGAGCUGCAGCUGGAAGGCGAUCUGCUCGAGGUGUCCCUGGACCAGACGCUCAUCAUCCACAGAGUUCUGCAAGCUGCGUCCGCUCCACAACGAGAAACACUGCGCACACUCAUCCAGAUUGAGCUCGAAGAGCAGAGGCGGACGAGCCGCGGGCGAGCCAAGGACUCCAAGCGGAAGAGAAAGAGCCACCGAGGAGGCAGCGGGGACGGGGCAGGAGAACGGUCACUGGACCCCUCGGAGUCCAAGAAAAACUGUCCCCUCAGCCCCGCCCCUCAGUUACCUGUCCAGACCAAUCCAGAGAUUUUGUGAUGGUCACCGCUGGAUCUCCGUUUGGACGGAUUAGUCUGAGGAAUGGAAGGGACGGAUCAUUCUGUGCCAGAAGACGAGUUACCGAAAGAUGCAGGACAUCCCCACCCCUGUGCCCGCCGUCCCUCCUCGUCCCUCAUUCACUCGUCCAGACGCUGACAGAGCGAUGACUCUUCGUCUACACUCCACCGCCUCACCCGAAACUCAGCCACAUCUCACUCGUCUUGAUUUUUUAUUUUCAGGCUCACCCCCACCCUUAUUCUCCGCCUUCCCCGGACUCAUUUCUCCCGUGAACAUAUUCAGACCGUGUCGGACCGCUGUGGGACUUGCGCAAUAGGAGUGUCUUUGGUCUAGAGUUGUCUCUGAGGUCAGUCAGUAUGCUACGUUAUCCCAACUGUAUUACAUGUUAGUUGAACUGAAGCCCGUCUCCCCGCCGGCUGUUGCCGUUUCACUUCCCGGUUGAAGCGACGGGAUGUAUUUAGACAGUUCUGUUUGGGCACGGAUCCCGAAGCUGAGGUACAGCAGAAGGUUCCGACUGCUGAUCUCGGACAACAGCACCGUGGUUACACUUGUAUUUUUUUAGUUUUAUUGAAUCUUGUAUUUGAUGCUGUUUUUGAGGGGACAUGCAUUUUGUAUAAACUGAGUACAUUUUGGGAAGUGUUAAAAACAGGCAUUCAUGUUUUUGGUGCUACUUUCCCAAAAUGGAUAUCUGUACCUCUUAGCUUUGUCUUUCGCCUCCCUUUCCUCCCCUUGAUCCCUUUUUUUUUUUUUUACGUUUUCCUUUUCUCCCUCCCUCGUUCUCUCUCUUCGCAAAUUAAGGUAACUUCACUGUAACUUGUCACAACUUAUUUUGUUUCCUGGGUUCAAAUAUUAUUAUUAUUAUUGAUAUUGCAGACACACAGUUGUCAUGAGUUUGUGUAUACACUUUUCAUUUUAAUGUUGCCUUUGUUUCUUUUCACUCUUGUUAGAAAAAUAAAGGUUUAGAAUUGUUUCGGC